AUGGCUGCAGCCAUCUCUGAUAUUAUGGUCUACCUUAGAUUUCCUUCACUCUUUCUUCCAUUAAUACUUCUUGUAGCGCUUAGAAUUGUAAGGCAAUGGCUAACGGACAGAAGAAAGAAGUCACUGCCAAUUCCUCCUGGGCCGAAACCUUGGCCCCUCGUCGGAUCUUUCCCGGAGAUUUUCCGAUCAGGAAAGCCUGCAUUCCGGUGGAUACACAAAUUCAUGGAUGAAACCAACACCGAAAUCGCAUGCAUCCGUCUGGGGGGCACUUACGUGAUUCCGGUCACUUCCCCGGAGCUCGCCCGCGAGUUCCUUAAGAAGCAAGACUCCAUUUUCUCGUCAAGACCCCUUUGCAUGUCUGCCGAUCUUAUCAGCAACGGAUACUUGACCUCCGCCUUUCUCCCCUACGGCGAACAAUGGACGAAAAUGCGAAGAAUUCUCACCUCCCACGUGCUUUCUCCGGCCAGACACCAUUGGCUUCUCAAUAAAAGGGUGGAAGAAGCCAAUCAUCUCCUUCGUUACAUCUACAAUCAGUGCACCAAGGGAGCGGUUGUUAAUGUGCGAGGGGCCACACAACACUAUUGCGGAAAUGUGACUAAGAAGAUGUUAUUCAACAAGAGGUACUUUGGCAGUGGGGUGGCAGAUGGAGGACCCGGUGCCGUAGAUGAAGAGCUGGUUGAGGCGGUGUUCACAAUUCUUCACUAUCUCUAUGGAUCCGGAGUCGCCGACUACAUUCCGUGGCUGAGUAUAUUUGAUAUCGACGGCCAUAAAAGCAUCAUCACCAAAGCUCUGGCGGUCACGAGAAAACACCUUGAUACCCAAGUGGACGAGAGGACACAAAUGUGGAAAGAUGGGACCAAAACUGUAGAAGAAGACAUCCUUGAUGUCCUUCUUAUGCUCAAGGAUAAUGAUGGAAGACCAAUGUUGAGCGAUAAAGAGAUCAAAACACAACUUCUGGAAAUAAUGAUAGCAACUAUAGACAAUCCAUCGAAUGCUGUGGAAUGGGCACUGGCAGAGAUGAUAAACCAACCAAAACUAUUGGAAAACGCAGUGGAAGAGGUAGACAAUGUGGUAGGGAGGGACAGGCUUGUUCAAGAAUCCGAUUUACCUAAGCUAAACUAUAUAAAGGCCUGUGUUAAAGAAGGUUAUAGGCUCCACCCAGUUGCACCCUUCACCCCUCCUCAUAUGUCCAUGGCGGACACCGUGAUAGGUGGCUACUUCAUUCCCAAGGGCAGCCAAGUGCUCAUCAGUCGCAUUGGGCUUGGCCGGAACAAAAGAGCUUGGGAGGAGCCCCUCAAAUUUAAGCCGGAGCGUCACCUAAAGGGGGAUGGUGGGGAAGUGGUCUUAACCGACUCGGAGCUGAAGAUGUUGUCAUUUAGUGCUGGGAGACGAGGUUGUCCGGGUGUGAGGUUAGGUUCUUUGAUGUCUGCAAUGCUUAUGGCUAGGCUUGUUCAAGGCUUCACUUGGAGUGUUCCAACUCACCGGCCAUGCAUAGACUUAACGGAGUCUAAACAUGAUCUCUUUCUUGAAAAUCCACUCCUUGCACUUGCAAAGCCGCGAUUGUCUGAAAAUCUCUACAUGUAGCCCAUUUAGUCAUGUACUAGUCUAUUUGAUUUGGCUCAUAUGUUAUAUAUAAG